ACAAAUUUAUGUAACGUUCUCGGCGUAGAAUACAAUCGAAAGAAAGAUAAACCUAUGUAAACAGAGUCAAGCAAAUGCGGGAUGCUUCCCCCAAAAUCUAAUAUUUUUCUUGUUUCUCUAUAAAUUCGCAAAUCACUAUUUCGCCUCAUCAUUACAAUUUCCUCCCUUAAAUCUUGUGACAAGCCGGAAGAAAGAAGCACUGCAAUGAAGAUUGGGUGGUAGUGUAAUUGAAGCGCACUAUAAUGUGUGAUAGUACGUUCCGCCGACCCUACUUCAUGGUAAAAUUUAGCAGAAUGGACAAGAGCGAACUAACGCAUGCGCACUGCAGCUCAACAAAGUAUAUCGGCAAGAGAAGUUAGCAAGUGUAAAUAAUUGGAGUUUGGCUAGUAUAGUAGUAUAAAAAAAGAGCACCACAAAGUCAAUAAAUUCUUAAUAAAGGCAUCACAAUAGUCAGUCAGUCGGCUUUAUGAACUGGAAGCGGAUUAAGUGGCGGCAAUAAUAAACGCAAUGCAAGCAAUUUUUAAAAAAUUUAGAACAAUCAAAGAAAAUCGGCUAUUCAAUAAGUUCUUAUAUACCAGGUAUUCGAGUUAAUACAAUAUUUUGGACGCCUCUGUUAGAUUUUCGAAUGCGAAUAUUUUUCGAAUAAUUUCAAAGUGACUUUCACUUGAAACGGACAGACAGAUUUGAAAUAGUAUUUUGUUUGUGCGCUUCUCAAAACAAACCUGGGUGUUAAGCUUGCUCUUUGGUCUGUCGAAAUUGCGAAUUUUUGCUUGUCGUUUGUUUGUAUAAACUUGAUCGUCAUGGCUGAUGAGGGUGCAAAUCCGGAAAAAGAGUCGGAAAAGAAAAUCGUACACACAUAUCCGCUUGUCAAGCAUUCUGAUAUGAACGAAGAAAUGCGCUCCGAAGCAAUCGAAAUGAGCAUUACUGCUUGCGAAAAAUAUUCCAGCAAUUACGAGCAAGCUGCACGCGUUAUUAAAGAGACAAUGGAUAAAAAAUUUGGCAUCUACUGGCAUGUGGUCGUUGGCGAAGGCUUUGGCUUCGAGGUAUCAUACGAAACGAAAAAUAUUUUGUAUCUUUUCUUCGGUGGUAACUUGGCCAUUUUGCUAUGGAAAUGCUCAUAAUAGAUAUACCGACACACACUUUAGUAGCUUUCCAUCGUUUGCAACAUAGAAAUAGCAAUACGCAAAACAAACGGCACAAUAACCGUAGUGAAAAAUAGAUAUAUAAAAAACAAACAGAUGCAGAACGAGAGUCAGUCACCAACUAUUUAGGGAACAUGUAGCGAAAGUGUUUUAAUUAUAUGUAGUAGAUUACGGAAACAAAUGGUUUACAAGCCCGCGUACCUAAAUUGUAUUAAAUAAAGAAAAAAAACCCUUGCAAAUAUUAUUAAACUAAAAUUUAGAA